AUGGCUGCCCUAUCUGGCAUUGCCUUCGCUCUUCCUCAGGCCGCGACAACCGCAUGCGCUGCGACCUCAGCUAUCCCCACCUGUGGUGUUCCUUGCAUCACCUCCGCUGCUUCAGCCGUUGGUUGCACCAAUAUCGCCUGCCAGUGCAGCAGCUCCGCUGCGGUUCAAGCCUCUGCUAUCAACUGUGUCAUCAGCAACUGCGGACUUGUAACGGCUCUGUCUGUGCAGGCCGCUGCCGCCGCUGUUUGCACAGCUUGCGCAUGA